AUGGAGAAUACAAGGAAGUGCGUGCGGUGGGAGAUGGGGUCGCCGCUGUGCGUGCGAUCGCCCGUGUCGUCGUUCACGGCAGGCGCGUUCAGCGACGGCAAAUCGCGAUCCAAGGCCUUCUCAAGCCGAGUCCUAUCGACAGCGCGCCUCGUCCUCGUCUUUAUUCUCCUCGUCUUCUUCCUCUCCACGCUCUGCGCCACAAUCGGCGUGCCUAAAAUCGACCUAUCGGAGCCCGUCGUUCUGAUGCGGCGCGGCGACCGCCGGCUAGUCGUCAAGUACACUCCCAACUCGGCGGACGACGCUGCGACGCGCGCGAUCGUGGAUCCCGUCGCCGACCUGUCGCACCCGCGGCUGGCCAAGAGACGAGCGCUCAUGCGAUACCUGAACGAGGACCAAUAA